UAUAAAAUUACGCGGUUUCUCACAUUUGGUUCCUUUUUCCUCUCCUCUGCUGCUCUUUCGUUUCUCGUCUUUUUCUUCCCUCUCGUCGUCUCUGUCCCUCUGUCGUUCGUACACCAUUUCAUGGUGAUUUGAGAGGGAAGACGACAGGAAAAAGAUAAAUUAUAUGUUUGUGGAAGGUUAAGUUCCCAGGGCAUUGUUUCUUGCCCUGCCUGCCGUUGCCGAGCUGCUGGAUAAAAGUAGAAUAGACAAGAUAACUGACAAAAAAACAACGAGACGAAGAGACGACGUGCAUUGUUGAGAAAAAUAUCUUCCCCGGUAAUGGAUACAUUGGACGCUAUCUUGUUAGGUGCAAGCAAAGCUUGCUGUAGUCCGCUCGCCAUUUUUAUUCAGAUCCAGGGAUAUUUUAUCUGCUUAAUUCUUGCUCUUGGAUGGGCUGGUGCUGCUUAUGUCAGAAGCAGAGAAAUAAGACGGAUGGCUGAGAGAAUGAGAACUGGCAACAGUUUUGCAUUUCUCUGUAGUGAUAUUAAUGAGCUCGAGCAUUCAAAUCAGAUCCAUUUGCCUCGAGUGUCAGUUAUCAUGCCUUUGAAGGGCUUUGGAGAGCAUAAUCUACACAAUUGGAGAUCUCAGAUUACAUCUCUUUAUGGUGGCCCACUGGAGUUUCUUUUUGUUGUUGAAAGUACAGAAGACCCAGCUUACCAUGCUGUGUCUCGACUUUUGGCUGAUUACAAGGAUGAUCUUGAGGCAAAGAUUAUUGUUGCUGGUUUGUCGACAACCUGCAGUCAGAAAAUUCACAAUCAAUUGGUUGGUGUGGAGAAAAUGCAUAAAGACAGUAAAUAUGUACUAUUUUUAGAUGAUGAUGUUAGGUUACAUCCUGGAUCUAUUGGUGCACUUACUGUAGAAAUGGAAAAGAACCCUGAGAUUUUUAUUCAAACUGGAUAUCCACUCGAUUUGCCAUCUGGAAGUUUGGGAAGUUACUGCAUCUAUGAAUAUCACAUGCCCUGUUCAAUGGGAUUUGCUACUGGUGGAAGAACAUUCUUUUUGUGGGGAGGAUGCAUGAUGAUGCAUGCAGAUGACUUUAGAACCAAUAAGCAUGGUGUUGUUUCGGAGCUUCUAGAUGGGGGCUACUCAGAUGACAUGACUCUUGCUGCUAUAGCUGGAGCUCAUAAGAGGCUCAUCACAUCACCACCAGUUGCUGUGUUUCCUCAUCCUCUUGCUAGUGACCUUAGCUUUUCAAGGUACUGGAAUUAUCUGAGGAAACAAACUUUUGUUUUGGAGUCAUACACAACAAAGGUUAACUGGAUAAUGAAUCGUGCAUUAUUUUCUUCCCACUGCUAUCUCUCUUGGGGCUUUGUAGCACCAUAUUUUAUGGCUGGGAUUCAUGUUGCAGCAGCUUUAAGAUGUUAUUACAAAGGUUAUUCAUCUGAAGAUGCAGCCUUUACAUCUACAGGGUUGCUACUUGCUAGCUGCCUUACCAUAUGCACAACUCUGGAACUCCUUUCCAUGUGGAACUUGACCAGGAUUGAAGUUCACCUAUGCAACUUCUUGUCUCCUGAGGCACCUCAGCUGUCUCUUGCUACGUACAACUGGUUUCUUGUAUUUUGUGCUCUGCUGGUGGAUAAUUUUCUCUAUCCGAUUUCAGCAGUGAGAUCACAUUUUUGUCAGUCUAUCAACUGGUCUGGCAUCCGAUAUCAUUUGAAGAAUGGGAAGAUAAGCAAGAUUGACAGACCCAAGGGAAAGGGUCCAAAAUUUACGGAUUUGGGAGGAAAGCGUUUGUAUGGGAAGAAAGGUAUUCAGCCCACUGCUUCUCUUCUUUAUUCUUUGUCCAGAAAUCUGGCACAGUGGCGCCAGCCCAAGAAGUAUGAUGUAUAGGAAGAGCCUUUAGCAACUAGAAGUAAUUCUUUGUUCCCGGUUCUGAUAGCCCACAGUGGACAUUGGGGAUCAUCAUUUUUCGCCUGAUUAUGGACGAGAUCAACGAGUAUAGAUUAAGCGGUAGUUUUUUGG